CUAAGCGUUUAUGUAAUUCCAAGACUUGGUUACUCUAAAAAGCAGCAAUUUCAUAUUUAUUUAUAAAAUAGUAAUAAUUUAGCUAUGUAUUGUGCGAUUGUUUUAACGAAAUAUACCGCUUUGUUUUUAAAGUGCUAAAUCAUUCGAUAACUAAUAUGAUAUUUAUGGAUAUGAAUUCACGACAACAACUCAAAAUAGAGUUCAAGUGUUGACAGUAAAUAUGUAUACACAAAACUGUGAAACAGCUUAACCACGAUGGUUCAAUUGAAGAGACCUCUGCCAGAAUCUAAGCGUUAAUGUAACACAAUGAUCUGAAGAACACUUUCCUUUUGAACGGAGGGCCACAAUUCAUAUACAUAUCUAGCCAACAAUGCUAUCAACGACAAUGUCCUGCAGUCCGCCACCAGCACAAUUGCUUUUAAACGCCGAUGCUUCAACAAGUGCAACUCAAUCUGGAUCUGGGAAUGGGGUGGCAGGCGCCAGCAGGAGCUCUCCAAAGGCCAUGAAAAAUGAACCCUAUUCCGCACUGUCUCCGGACCAAAUAAAGCUAAAUAAUCCUGAAGAAGGUUCAGAGAUAAACGGCCUUUCGAGUAAUGACAAAUGCAUGGUCGGAUCAGCCGGAGGCAGUGGAACCGGCGGUGCAGCCGAUGGACAGCCAUCACAGACGUCUUCCUUGGGGGCUGCUGUUUGUACCCCAAUGCUAAGGCAGAACUCUUCAAGCAGCAUUAAUUCGGGCCUGGUCGCCUCCCCAAACAACACCAGUGAACACUCCAAUGGCAGUAAUGUGUCCGCUGCGGUUGGACUUACGCAAAUGGUCGAUAGUGACGAGCAGGCGAAAAAAAAGGCGUCGAGUGCAAAGGAUGAGGAUGUUGAUAAAGGUUCUAAUAAAGCAAAAGGCUUAGCUCCCGUUACUGGAUGCGGAACAGGGUCCUCGUCCGGAUUGUCCAUUGGCAUUGCCAUUAAGGAAGAGCCCGCCGAUGUUCUGAGCAACUUAGUUAAUAUAAAAAAAGAAGAAAGAGAAAACAACACCCCAAAUAUGUCCCCCAUUGGGUAUGGUGCUAUUGGAAAUGCACAGGACCACUCUGCUACGCCUGUAAAAAUAGAAAGAAACGCAACCGACAACACCGCGGAAAAAAAGGCUUCAUCUUUUGGGCUAAGUAAUGACGAAAUUGCUAUGGACGGCGUUGGCUGUAAUUCGUUGAACUCUGAUAUAAUCAGUGAAUCCUUAAAUCACGCUCCUAUCUCAAGCAUAUUAACUCUUGGAAUGAAUACAUCUCAUGUGAGUGGAGUAGGACCAGGAACCGGAGUUGUGGCUGGAUCUGGAGUAAAUAAUCUUCUGAUGGGCAGUGGCAAUGGCAAUACUAACUCGGGGAGUGGAAAUUGCCUGGAUUACAUGCAACAGCAAAAUCAUAUAUACGUUUUUUCAACUCAACUGGCAAACAAAGGGGCCGAAUCUGUUUUAAGCGGACAGUUUCAAACAAUUAUUGCGUACCACUGCACCCAACCAGCGACUAAGAAUUUUCUUGAAGAAUUCUUUAUGAAAAAUCCGGUAAAAAUGAAUAAGUUGCAACGACAUCACUCCUUGGGAAUGCCUUGGGCAGGAGGAAUGGGAACGGGAGCACCGAUUACACCAACUGCUACCAAUUCUGUGUCAAAGGCAACACAGCAGCAGCAGCCUCAUUCAAAGUCUUUGAACCUCUUGAAGGCCCAAUUCAAUCAAAACGAAAACAGCAAACGCAACAGCACUUUUGUCGAUCCAUCCGAUUCAUUGGUCACUGAUAAUGAACUUAUGUGUUGGGAAAACGCGACAGGAAACAGCGGAGCUGCACGAAAUCCGCGAAACAAUGUAGAUCACAUUAAUGCUUCAAGCGAAUCACAGGCAAUCAAGAUACUGGAGGCUGCUGGCGUUGAUUUGGGGCAGGUGACAAAAGGAAGUGACUCGGGUUUGACCCAAGAAAACAAUAUUGUUUCGUUGCAAGGAGUUAAGGUGCCAGACGAAAACCUUACACCACAACAGCGUCAGCAUCGGGAAGAGCAACUGGCAAAAAUUAAGAAAAUGAAUCAGUUUUUAUUCCCUGAAAACGAGAACACAGCAGGAACUAAUGUCAGUUCCCAGAUACCGAAAGCUGCUGGCGAACUAAUCAUGGGAAAUAUAAUAAAUCCGCAGAUGCGACAAAUGCACCUGCCCGGAAGUGUAAAAACCGAGCUCUUGACAGGGACAAGUUCAACGCUCUCCGAAGAGGUUAUUCUUCCCGGUGAUGUGAUAUCAGAUAUAGGCCCUGGCAUGGGUUGCAGUAAUAAUCAAAAAAGUAGCCUUCAAUGCGGACCUGGAGUCGGAGCUGGAGCUGCAACUGGAAAUAGUGGAGGCGGCAAUAAUGUCAAUAUGCAUUGUUCGACCACAAGUAGUGCAAACGGCAGUAUGAUAGCUGGUUCAACGGAAAUGCUGGCUUCGUUUGGCAAUACUAGCUGCAACGUCAAUCCCAUCGGAUCAUUACCAGAUAUGCCUAAAGAACUUUCGGCUCAAGACGGAUUACCGCACCCUCACCAAGGAGGAGUAGCUCAAAUGGAGUGGUCUAAGAUCCAACAGCAGUUCUUUGAAGAGCGCAGCAAGGGAAAACCCAGACAAACCGCAGGAACUGUCGGCCCUGCUCAUCAACCUUCUGGACCUUCUGGAACUGGCGUUAACCCCUCAAGUGGCCAAGUCCGCUCUUUGCAGGGCCCGCCACCGCCAUACCACUCCACCCAGCGCUCUGCUUCAGUGCCAAUAGCCACUCAAUCGCCCAAUCCAUCGAGUCCAAACAACCUGUCCCUUCCCUCACCACGAGCAACUGGCGCAGUCAUGGGUUUGCCAACCAAUUCGCCCAGCAUGGAUGGUACAGCCCCACUACCGGGAUCAGCGCCGCCCACCAUCACUUCGGGCACCCAAGGAAACCCAACUCAACUCUCUUCAAAUAAAAACAGUUUCCAGGGGGAGACUCAACCGCCGUCGAAUCAAAAUCGAAAUCGGAACGGCGGAUCAUCUGGCGUACUCACUCACAAUUUAAACAGUAACCCGAGCACCCCGCUGUCCCUUCUUUCUCCAAAGGAGUUGGAUACCUUCGGACAGACUUCUGCUGGUGAAAACAUAAAGAGUAGACGACCAAGUCCGCAGGGUCAAAGGUCGCCAGGAAGUGGUUUAAUAGAGGCAAAUAUAGAAGGGAGAUUUGCUGCAACCAGUCCGGGUACGAUCUUUAAUCCUCACCAGCAUAUGCAAAGCAAUGCCUAUAAAAUAGGCACUUCCAAUUUGCAGAUGGAGCGUCAGGCUUCGGCUUGUUUUUCCCGGCGUUCCGAUAACAUACCACUCAAUCCCAAUAGUGGUAAUCGCCAGCCGCCAAACAAGAUGGCACAGAACUUCGAUCCAAUCUCUUCCCUGGCGCAGAUGUCACAACAACUGACCAGCUGUGUGUCCAGCAUGGGAAGCCCAGCCGGUGCUGGUGGUGGAAUGACUAUGAUCAGUGGUCCAGGACCGUCGGACAUUAAUGUUGAGCAUUCAAUGAUUUCAGGCUUAGAAGGACCAGGAAUGGAUGUCAUUAAUCAAAAUAACUGUCAUCCAAUGAAUACCGUUAUGAAUUCGAUGGGUCAGCGAAUGCUAAAUCCCAAAAUGUGUGCUCCAGGCGGCGGCGGUCCAAAUGGUCCGUCUAGUUUUAACCCCAAUUCUCCCAACAGUGUAUUGAGGGAGAGUCCCUUGGGUCCGAAUUCAGUUUCUGGUCCCAUGCCAACCAACUCUUCAAACUUUCAAGGCGUUGUUCCACCUGGUCCGCGAAUGAUGGGCCGAGUGCCAGUCAAUUUCGGUUCGAAUUUCAAUCCAAAUAUACAGGUGAGGGCGAGUACCCCGAAUACCAUACAGUACAUGCCAGUGAGACCGCAGAACGCCGGCAAUAACAAUAAUAACGGAGCUAGCAAUGUUCGAAUGCCUCCCAGUCUGGAGUUUUUACAGAGAUACGCAAAUCCUCAGAUUGCUGCUGUUAAUAACAGCUCCCCGAUCUGUCCAUCGUCUGGCGGAGACGGUGGUUCCGGAAUGCCGGGAAUGAUGGGAAUGAACUCUCCUGGAGAGCAGCACCAAAACAAAAUUACCAACAACCCUGUGGUAGGCAAUGGCAUUAACUUUUUCCAAAACUGCAAUCAGUUGGCUAUUAUGGAUGAGGACGGGGGUGUAGCCGGCCAUGACGUAUCAAUGAAUAUCGGGCAACCGUCCAUGAUAAGGGGCAUGCGCCCGCAUGCCAUGCGACCACAUCCAAUGGGUCCCCGUCUGCAAACUUCAGUGAAUCGGCAGGUUCAGUUUGCGCAUUCGUCGGAGGGUCUGGACUGCGGAGAUCCCACUUCGUUUUUUAACAACGCCACCUGCAACAGUUCCGGCUCUGUUAUGUUUGCAGCAACACAACAACAGUCCAAUCAAGCCAAGCCACAGCACCUGAAGACCAUGUCCGGCGGAAUGUGCCAAAAUCAAACGGGCUUGGGAGUUGGCCCUGCAAUAGCACAAGGGCAAGGGCAGGGACAGCCUUUGAUGGGGCCCAGCAAUACUAAUAUAAUGUCGACUGCCGGAGCUAUUGGUCCUUCUAACGGCGUCUCUGGGAUCAAUUUCGUGGGUCCCUCUUCGAAUGAUUUAAAGUAUGCACAGCAAUACCACAGCUUCCAGCAACAACUUUAUGCCACCAACACCAGAAGUCAGCAGCAACAGCAGAUGCACCAGCAACAGGGCAACAUAAUAACGAUGCCACAAAACCUGUCACCAAAUCCGGCGUUCUUUGUGAACAAAUGAACAUAAGUUCAUUGUAAGCAGUGCUGCCGCACUGUAAGCAGUGCUGCCGCCCUCGCCUUUCGUUGAUUACUAGUCUCCAAGAUAAGAAAUCCAUCUAUAACAAAAUAUUUGUACUAUGCUUAUUAUUGUAGAUGUUUUUGCACAGGAGAAAAUAAACAUUUUGUAAAUUAAGAAACGAAAUAUUUUAUUCAAAACAUUUGGACGAGUCAUGUAAAAGUUAAAUCUAGCGUCCCAUUCGCAUGGGUCUGUAUUUCACCACAUAUUUAAAAGUCUAAGGUCUUCGCCUUGCGAGUAUGUACAAAUAAUAAAACAUUGACAUUUUAGUUAAUUACAGCUAAUUUCUGUUAUUAAAUAAUAUGUACCCUGCUCUCUGUGUUAAAUGCUAUUAAGAAAUAAUACAUAUGUAAAACGCUAUAAAUAUAUAUUACCAUCAAAUCUAUUGUAAUCUAUGUUAAGAGAACUGUAAAUUCUUCCAUUAAAACCGAUAAAAAAUUAAAAA